GGGAGAAGACGACCCAUCGUUUUAGUCCCACAGUCGCAGCUCCCUUUAAUCCUUUCCCUUUUCCUUCACUAUUCCAAUGUAAUCCCAAAACCCCACAGAUAAAAUCUCUCCCCCACACUCGCAUCUACACUGACCUCGCUCACUCACUGCUCACUCUUCCCACUCUCCCUCUCCCCCAAUCUCUCUGUUUCUCCCAUUGACACAACAAGAAAAGCUGCAACCAAAAUGGCUCGUCUUCAACCUGUAAACAGCUCACCCCUUCUCUUCUCCCUCAAAUAAUGCCCCAAGAUCCACAACCUCCUCUUCUUCUCUUCCUCGCAAGAAGAAGAAGAUGGCCAGCCCAUCCCCAGACUCACUCUACCUCUACUGCCUCGAGGACCACGACUUGACACCAGAACUAGAAGAGGAAGAAGAACAGCCAGAGACUUGCUCUGCUUUCUGCUGCAACAAUGAUAAUUAUGAAAAUAACGAUAACGAAAUACCCAUUGUCUGCUUCCCGGAGCAAGAGUCUCUGUUGUUGUCAUGGGAAGACGACGAGCUUUCUGCUCUGUUUGCAAAAGAAGAGGAGAACCCAUUGUACAGAGAGCUCGAAUCUAGUCCCAAUCUGGCAAGGGCGCGCCAGGAGGCCGUGGAUUGGAUUCUUACCGUCAAUUCCCACUACUUAUUCGCGAGCCUCACCGCUGUUUUGGCUCUCAAUUACCUCGAUCGAUUCCUUCUCACUUUCCACCUUCAGGCCGACAAGCCAUGGAUGACCCAGCUCGCCGCCGUCGCCUGUCUCUCUGUCGCCGCCAAAGUGGAGGAGACUCGCGUCCCUCUUCUGCUUGACCUACAGGUUGGGGAGAGUAGGUAUGUUUUUGAGCCGAAGACGAUACAGAGGAUGGAGAUUCUGGUGCUCUCUGCUCUCAAAUGGCGGAUGAACCCUGUUACUCCAAUGUCGUUCCUCGAUUACAUGGCGAGGCGGUUGGGACUUAAGGACUAUCUCUGCUUGCAGUUCGUCAGUCGAUGCGAGCGGUUAAUCGUCUCAGUAAUCUCAGGCAAGGAAAAAUCGAAUCGAGAGUCAUUGUGUUAUGCACCAUCUGUAGUGGCCGCUACUGCAAUGCUUCAUGUCAUCAAUGGCGUGGAGCCAUCUCUUGGGGCUGAAUACCAACACCAAUUGCUAGACAUUCUGGGAAUCGGCGAGGAGAAGCUAGAGGGUUGCUGUCAACUGGUUAUGGAAUUGGUAUCAUGCGGAACCCAAAAUGGAAGUCAAUGGAGGAAGCGAAGGAAGUUGGAUUCGAUUCCAGGGAGCCCAAAUGGGGUGAUGGAUUUGAGCUUCAGCUCCGAUUGCUCAGACGACUCUGCAUCUUCUUCUGUGUCUUCUUCUCCAGAGCCCCAUCGGGCGAAAAAGAGCAGAGUUGCAGAGCAGGCUUCCAUCAUCAUUCCUCCCUAGACUUAAAAAGGGACACAAUCUGAUUCCUUCUUGCACUCCUUCCUAGCUCUAUAGCUGAAUAAGGAUUCCCAGAUGUUGGGUUUAAGUUAUGAUGUUCUUCCUCGAGUUUAAAUUGCCCUACUAUCUCUGCUUUGCUACUGGGACAGGAAAUGUUGUUGGAAUAUUUAGGAAGAAGCAAUGGCAAAGCAGAGAUGGUUGGCAUUUUAUCCGACCGGGACGGGGAAGAAAAUGGAAAUCCAAGUGCAUUGAACAAACAAGUGAUGAGGACUGAGGAGUUCUUCGUAGUAGAAGUAGAAGCAAUCUAUAUUAUAAUUCGUAAUAAUAAUAUUAUUAUCAGCAAAUACAAAAAA